AUGAGCUUUCAGGAUAAAAAUGAUAGCUUUGUUGAGAAGGGUAUUUCAGAAGUUGAGGGAGGAAGCAAAGAUUGUACUGGUAAUGGCAAGAGAUUACUAGAACAAGAUAAGUUUGAUUACUUGCAAUCUUCGGUUAAGAAGUUGAAAGUCUCUUCUGAACAGGACUUGGUAGAUAAAGAACCUACAUUGGUUCAGUAUUCUAUUGAGGGAUGCCAAACAAAGAGAGAAGUUGAAGGGAAGAGGUUGCAAUUGCACUCCCUAGAGAAAGAUAUUGAGGAGCUGUGCAAAGAGCUUGAAAGUAAGAGAAAACAGGUUGGUUCUAUUCAAGGAGAAUUGAGUUCUUAUUCCUGGGAUCUUGCAAUCAAAAGGAGAGAACAUGGAUCAAUCCAAAGAUGCAUCGAACGGCGCCAGAAAGAGUUUGAAGCAAAGGGAGAUCAGUUCAAUCACAUGCAGAAGCUGAUAGGAGAAUUUGGGAAGCAUUUAAGGUUAAAGGAGCAACAAUAUGUCAGGGAACUUGAAGCAGUGGCAAUGGUGAUCAAUGAACGCGAUGAACUUCACAAGAAGAUGUUGAGGGAACUUGAAGAGUAUGAUGAGCAAAUUGAAGAAAAGGAAUCACAGCUCCAUUUGAUGGAGGACUUGAGGAGAGAGUGUGAAGAGGAGCUCAAGGUAGAACAGGAAGAAUUUCUUCUAGUGUUGGAUAACAUUGACAAGAAAAGGGAAAUGAAGGAAGAGGAACUGAAGGAUCUUUCAAAGAAAAUUGCUAAGUGUACAAAGGAACUUAAGACCAAAGAGGGAGAGAUUGGUGCAAUGAAGAAACUGAUUGAUGCCGAAGCUGAGAAGUUGCAAUUAGAAAAUAGGAAGUUACUUAAGGUAAUUUCAUUAAAUGGAUAUCAUCAUGUUCAGUUGAAGGAGCUUCAGUCCAAAGAAAAGCAAUUUGCAGCACGGGUGGAAGAGCUUGAAUCAAAAGAGAAGCAAUAUGAAGUACGAGUGAAUGAACUCGAGUCAGAAAAUAGGCGUAUUGAAGGCAAAGUGAAAGAGAUCCAGUUAAGAGAGGAGGAACAUAAAAGGCAAGUGGAGGAGUUUGUUUUAAAGAAGGUGAAUUUUGACUGCAAAUUAAAUGAGCUUGAUUCGAAAGAGAAGCACUAUGAAGAACGAGUGAAGAAGCUCAAUUCAGUGAAGAGUGAAAUUGAAGGCAAAGUGAAAGAGCUCCAAUCAAGAGAGAAAGAACUUCAAAGCCAAGUGGAGGAGUUUGCCUUAAAAAAGGAACAUUUUGAUUGCAAGUUAAAUGAGAUUGAAUCAAAAGAGAGGCAGUAUGAAGAACAGGUGAGCAAACUCAAUUCAGAAAAGAGUCUAAUUGAAGGCAAAGCACAAGAGCUCGAAACAAGAGAGAAGGAGCUUAAAAGCCAAGUGGAGGAGUUUGCAAGAAACAAGGAGCAUUUUGAAUACAAAUUGAAGGAACUUGAAUCCAAAGAGAAGCAAUAUGAAGAACAAGUUAAGAAACUCAAUUCAGAAAAGAACCAAAUUAAAGACUGGAUUAAGGAGCUUGACGCAAGAGAGAAGGAGCUCGAAUGCCAAGUCGAGAAGUAUGCAUUAAACAAGGAGAAUUUUGAAGGCCAGAUGGAGAAGCUUAAGUCAAGAGAGAGUAAGAUUGAAAUACGAACAAAAAAACUCAAGUCAAAAGAGAAGCAAUUUGAGAGACUAGAGAAGAAGCUCAGAUUCAAAGAGAAAAGGUGUGAAAAGCACAAGGAGAUGCUCAAGUCAACACAGAAGAAGUUUGAAGCACAAAUGAAAAUUUUUUAUUCAAAAAAGAAUCAAUUUGAAGAGAAAUGGAAGAAGCGUGGGCUUAGAAUACUGCAGUCUGAACCGUCGAAAAAAUCAUUGAGAGAGGAAAAUGUGCAGGAUAAUCAAUUAAGUCGCGGCAGCGAUGCAAGAAGUUUCGAGCUUUUCUCAAAUGAUGAGCAAACAGAUUUUCACAAUAACAUUUUAGUUUAUCUGCAGUGUCAAUCAGAUCCAGCAGAACUAAUUUUGGAAAUAAUGAAGGAUCCAAUGCUUCCAUUUUGUAGCCAGGGAGACCAUAGCCACAUCUUUCUGCUUGAACAGCUAAUGAGAAUCUCCCCAGUCAUUAAACCUCAUGUUAGAGAAGAGGCAAUGAAGUUUGCACUUUAUUUGAAAGCUAACACGAGAGCAAGUACUGAAAAUUCUUUAGUAGUUCUUGGUUUCUUGAUGAUUUUGUCAAUUUAUGGAUUAGUUUCCUCUUUUGAUGAGGAUGAGGUAUUAAAGUUUCUCCAAAUUUCUGCUCGGCACAAGGAAGCUGUAGAGCUGUUUCGGAUUCUCGGUUUUGUGAAUAAAAUCUAUGAUUUUGUUGAGAAUCUCAUCAAGAAUCAGCAAUAUAUUGAAGCUGUUAGAUUCAUUUGUGCAUAUGAGUUGGCUGAGAAGUAUCAACCAGUUCAUCAGUUGCAAGCACAUGUGAACAAGGCAAAGUUGAAUUGUGAGAACAAUUACAAGGAAAACAAGUCCAUUGAAACUAAGGUUGAGUCCAUAGAUGAAGGAAUUUCAAGCCUGAAAACUAUUCUGCAGUUCAUCAGAGAGAACAACAUAGAAUGUAAAGAACUGGUUGAUGAGGUUGAAGAUCACAUUGUUAAGCUAAAAAGGCAUAUGGCAAAUAUUGUCAAGGCCAACAUCCAGAGUGUUACAAGAAAAGGUGUUAGUUAA